CCUUCAUCUUCUCUUCACCCCAACUCAGCACUUGCAGAUUAAGAGUUACCAGUAGGUUUGAGCAUAGCCAUGGCUGAGUCAGGGUCCAAGAGAAUGUGGUGUUCUGUUCCAGAGCGGCUUCAGCUGCAUGUGGCCAUGUUGGCCCUGCAGUUCGGAUACGCAGGAUUCCACGUCGUUUCAAGAGCUGCCCUCAACAUGGGCAUUAGCAAACUUGUUUUCCCAGUCUACCGUAACAUCAUCGCUUUGCUUCUCCUUCUUCCCUUCGCUUACUUCAUCGAGAAGAAGGAUAGGCCUGCGCUUAACUGGAACUUCGUCUUCCACUUCUUUCUUCUUGCACUCAUCGGGAUCACAGCAAACCAAGGGUUCUACUUGCUUGGCUUGGACAACACAUCUCCGACCUUCGCAUCAGCAAUUCAGAACUCCGUACCUGCCAUCACUUUUCUCAUGGCAGCCAUAUUCGGGAUUGAGAAAGUAAGGUGGAACCGAAGAGACGGGUUGGCCAAAGUGGCCGGAACUUUAUUCUGUGUGGCCGGAGCAACCGUGAUAACACUAUAUCAGGGUCCAACCAUAUACAGGCCAGCCCCACAUCUCCAGAACACUUCAAGUUCAACAUCUCUAUUCGGGUCACUGGGGCUUGGAGAUGCAAACGGAAAGAGCUGGGCCCUCGGGUGUAUCUACCUCAUAGGCCAUUGCUUGUCCUGGUCAGGCUGGCUGGUGAUGCAGGCACCAGUGCUCAAGAAGUACCCAGCUCGCCUCUCUGUCACUUCUUACACGUGUUUCUUUGGCCUCAUUCAGUUUCUGGUCAUCGCUUUGAUCUUUGAAAGAGACGCUCAGGCUUGGGUUUUCCACUCUGGUGGAGAAGCUUUCACUAUUCUUUACGCUGGAGUGGUGGCAUCAGGAAUUGCCUUCGCCGUUCAGAUAUGGUGUAUUGACAGAGGUGGCCCAGUGUUCGUGGCCGUGUACCAACCAGUUCAGACCCUUGUUGUCGCCAUCAUGUCUUCCAUUGCCUUAGGCGAAGAGUUCUAUUUGGGCGGGAUUAUUGGAGCAGUGUUGAUUGUGGUGGGAUUGUAUUUAGUGCUGUGGGGCAAAAGUGAAGAGAAGAAGCUUGCAAAGGAACAACUCGCGAUUGUGUCUGCUCCAGAGCACGUUCCCAGGCCAAUUACAAGCCACUCCAAGACCUCACUUACUCAGCCACUCAUCCCUUCGUCCAACGAAAAUGUCUGAUCCAGAGAGCCCUAGUGAAUUACCUCAGAGCAAAGCAUUUUCUCUGAUGGGAGAAACAGGAGUUCGUAUACCUAGUUAUACUACUUCCGCAUCACGAAGCUUUGUGUGUGUAUGAGCCAUUUUCAUAUCCAUGGUUUUGUUUUGAGUUGAGUCCUUUUUUGGUGAAAUGAAAUGCUUCCUUGCUAGGACAUUUAGAGAAGGAGAUGAGAUUAUAUAUGGGACUGUGGUUAUAAUGAUUGAUGUCACUAGUCAUCAAGCGGGGCCAAUAGAGCCUGAUGAAAUCCCAUAUGCUUUUUCAUAUAUAUGUUAAUUUAUGGUUUGAUUUACGAA